AUGUCAGCUGACCCCUAUGAGCCCGAGGGUGACGCCUCCUUUGUGGGGGAUGAUGGCUUGGAGAGGAUCAUGGAUGGCACAGUUAAAGGCCCUAAUACUAUAGACAAAGGACUCUGGAAAAAAAAAGCGAAAACUCAAGCAGACGAGUACACCUACACCAUUUCAGUUUCCGAGAAACUGCUAGAGAAGCUAAUAACGCGCAGACUCACUAGACACUUUGAAAAUAACAUACACAACAGUAGGCAAUACGGCUUUCGCCCACACAGGGGGACCGAGAGCGCUAUCGCCCUCGCUCAUGAGGAGAUUGCUCUCGGUCUCGCUUACAAGUACCAGAUCAACAUCAUUCUGCUAGACAUCAGCAAGGCCUCUAACAAGGUCUGGCAUGACGGUCUCAAAUACAAAUUAAUACAGUUACAACUCCCGAUACAUCUCACGCGCCUCCUCUGCAGCUUCCUGGGCCAUAGGACUGGCACAACACGCCUGGGAACCCACCUGGGCACUCCCCUCCACCUCAGAAAAAGAGCUAUUCAGAACAUCAACCCCUCUGACAAUCAUCAACAAAUUCAAACUCAUCCACAUCGCAUGCAGAAACUCACUACCCAUCCCUAUACACAGAGGCAACAUCUCCGAUUCCACCUCACAAAUACCAGAUUCAUCACACACAUCAAACAAAGAAUCACACAAGCACAAACAACACUCACCAGACUCAGACUCUUCUCAUGCUGCACACCACGCACAAAAAUCAGACUCUACAAAACUGUCAGACUAAUUCUUGAAUACACAGCUAUCCCACUGGUUGCAAUAUCAAACUCUCAAAAAUACAAAAAGCAAUCAGUACAGAACAAAGCACUACUCUGGGCACGCCCACACGACAUCUGA